AUGUCAUGCUUAAACGUGUGGGAUCGUGUGCUGUCACCGAGAGAGGCAGAUCUCACUCUGCGUAAGUGCGGACAGGGAGGCAACGUGUUGGACUGGUCCAGGGAAGCGUGGACGAUACACGGGAGCGUAUCACUCACUGACAACCAAUGUGACGCCUUCCGAUCCCCGAGCAUGUCUGCAUCGUCACAGUAUAACAACACAGAGGGGCCAGACAACGGUGUACUGGAUUCCCCGCUUUCUGGAGGUUGGGUGCCUAGAACACCUGAUCAACGCGAAUGGCUUAUGGUGGAUCUUCACAAGACGUACUUUGUAACGGCGAUUAUCACCCAGGGUAGAGAUGAACAAUUCAGUGGCCACAUAGUCACAUCGUACAGCAUCACAUAUGGCGAGCACAGUGGAGACGAGGUUACCUACAGCGAUGACGACGGACUGACGGUAACCUUCCCAGGGAAUACUGACAGAAACACCCCUGUGAGAAAUGAGCUGUCGUCCUACAGUGGCGCCAUCACCGCCCGUUACGUCAAGUUCCAUCCACUGACAUGGCGAGACUGGCCUAGCAUGCGGGCUGGAGUUGUUGCACAUUCAGCACUAGAGCCAGUGGGCCGGUGGCCUCUGAACGAACAAGAUGGCGCGAGAGACGUUACCGGAAACGGAAAUGACGGCAUAGCUUCAGGAUCUCAGGUGGUUGAAGGUCCAGGUGGUCCAGAAUCUCAAGCUUUCCUGUUCAACGGUUCUUCGCACAUUCGCAUUCUCAACGACGGUGGUUUGGACGUACGCUUUUCCUACACCAUACUAGCCCACGUCUACAUGGACCCUACAGUAGCAUCAGGACCUCUGUUCGAGUACGACUAUCAGGGGGACUUCAAUAGGGGAGUAGCAAUUCGCAGGGAGGGAUCUGCAGAUUCCUCAUCCACGACUUCACCACCCCUUGCCACAAAUCGCUGGCAUUAUGUUGGUGGGAGUUAUGACUAUAGCACGGGGGAGCAAGCUGUUUGGGUCGACAGCGUUAAAGCCGGGAGCAAGAAUUAUACCAUGGCUGCUGAGCUAGCAACGCAGCAUGACGUUAGUGUAGGAUACCAAGAGUAUGCAGGGCGAAUAUCCUGCCUACAACUCUUUGACUUCUCCCUGAAUGAACACCAGAUCGCUAUAGUGAGAGAAGCAUGUGAAGAAACAUGUCCCUAUGGGUGGUACCUGAGUGGGUACGUCUGCUACAGAGCGUUUGACGAGCCCGUCAGCUGGCACACAGCUAACACCAGGUGCGGACGAGAAGGGGGCCGGCUGGCCACCGUCAAGGACACCGACACACACAACUUCAUUGUGCCGCUGAAGAAUUCGGUCGACCCCGAUGAGGAAUUCUGGAUAGGCCUGAGCGACCUAGGCGCUACUGGGACGUGGGUAUGGACAGAUGGAACGUCUAUCGGACAGUUUACCGCGUGGGGUGGAAACCAACCAAACUACCACGAGGGCGACCAAUUUUGUGCCUCCUACUGGCUUCACAACUCCAUGAAUAUGCCCGAUCGUUGGAAUGAUGCAAACUGUAUCCGCCCAAAGAAGUUCAUUUGUGAGCGAGUGAACGGACAACCGAAGUACUUGACCUGCAGUUCGGAAAGGACGGAUGGCUUUUCACUGCGUUGGAAAUAUCCUUCCGCCCAUCUUUCGGGAUGCCAUAUUUGGUAUCAGGACGUGCUGGAUGGUGUGGAGCCAAUGGAUUUCGUGACGUCACGGAAAUCGGGAAACGAAUACGCGAACGUCACCAUUAACGGUUUAAAGAGCGGUACUAAGUACAACGUCACGGUUCGCGCGAUCGUGGGAACAACAGAAAGUCUUGAUGAUGUCAUCAAUGUUUUGUGCAUAACUGGUAGAUUUUAA